AUGCUCAACGGGGUCUUCUUUGUGUGCCUGUCUCUCAGUCUGUACAGUGCAGGCUCCUCUCUGAGCUGCAGAUGGAUAAAUCAUAAAUUCAGAGAGCUCAGUGAAAAAUCUUUGGAUCUAAUAGAUACGAUGGCUAAUAACUCCACUAACUCCACUGAGGAUGCUGAAGUGGACUUCCCUAACCAUCCGUACAACAAGGCGUCCAAAGCAUCAGCUGAGGAUAAACUCCAUUUCACAGUUCAGGUUCUGGAGGAGAUUGUUUCCCUGUUUGAGGAGGAUCACAGCAAUGCAUCAUGGGAGAACAAAGAGGAGAACUUUCUCCAUGUUGUAACCCAGCAGGUUGAAGGUCUUCACUCCUGUUUUGGGAGCCAGGGCCACAAGAAGAAGAACAAGAAGCUGCACAUGUAUUUCAAGAGACUCUCAAGCCACGUCCUGAAAAAAAUGGGCCACAGUGCUGAAUCCUGGGAGCUGAUCAGGAAGGAGAUGAAAACCCAUCUGAUCAGAGCCGACCUUCUGGCUUUAUCUCUACUCACCAACUAA